GUUAUAAUCGGGAUAUACCCAUAUUCGAAGUCAUCUCACCACCAAAUCCCAAAGACUUUUCAAGUUCAGAUGGAUACGCUUUUACUAUUGUUACGGCAGCUAGCUCUAAUCAUUGGUGUCAGUUAACAAACUGGAUAAAUCACAUAAACAAUCUUCAACAAUUUUUACCAAAGUAUAUAAAUCCAAGGAUAAUAAUUUACGAUUUAGGCUUAGAUGAACAACAAAGAAUUAUACUUGACGCAUUAAAACUUUAUGAAAAUUUUGCUGAGCUUCGAACUUUUAACUUUUCGAAAUAUCCAGAAUUUUGGAAUCUUCAAAAAAAUGAGACAUCGAGGGGUGAAUAUGGUUGGAAAGUUGGAAUUAUCAAAGAAAUUUCGAUUGAAUUUCCUGGAUUUUUGAUUUGGUCUGAUUCUGGAACUCUUUUUAGUCAAAAAACUUUAGAAAACCUUCCCGAAAUUCUUAAAUUAUAUAAUGGUUUUAUUUCACCAAUAUCUGGAGGCACAAUGGAUAUAUGGACACACCCAGGUGUUUACAAGUAUUUUAAUGAUGAUGGUAGUAAAUAUAUAAAUGUUUCUAAUUGUAAUGCUGCAGCCAUAUUUUUUGAUACCAAAAAAACUCAAUAUUUAAUUGAUGCAUGGUAUAAAUGUGCUCUUGAAAAGGAAUGUAUAGCACCAUGGGAAAGUAGUAGAGAAAAUCAUCGACAAGAUCAAGCUAUAUUGACUUAUCUUAUUAUAAAUGAUAACAGAAAAUGUGAAAUAGAUAAGAUAAAUUUGGGUGUAAAGACUCGUGUAUUUGAUAACCUCUGUAAUAUUAGAGAAAGUUUGCAAAAUACGUUAAAGCUAAAAGAGAUAGAAUAUGUUUAUCUUUAA